AUGUCAUCUGCCGAUGGUCCCGCCCGCAUUGCGGCGCUGGAGACGUGGAUUCGCGAACAUGGCGGCCGCAUCUGCGAAGCUGCCUCGGUGGUGGAAGCCGAUGGCUACCGCGGAGUCUUUGCGCACGAGGGCUUGCCCGCCGACACCGACUUCUGUCGAAUCCCUCUCAAACUUCUCAUCACGGAGAGCCUCGCGGAGGCAUCGCUGCCCUUUGGGCCGGAGCUGCGCAUGGCGGCUGAGCAGCUGAUGCCCUCCGCCGCGGGCCUCCUCUUGCUCACAGCUCUGCUGCUCCAGGACUCUGCACCCCAGGCCGCAAAGGCUCCUCUGGGCACGGGUGCGCAGAGCUUCUUCGCGCCCUACUACCAGGCCCUCCCUGUGGAGGUGCAGCACAUGCCAGCCUUCUGGCCGGCAGAACAUUGGCUCCACGCGUCUCUGAGGGGCAGCCACCUCGAGCGCUUGGUGAAGGCCAGACGUCACAGUUUGGGCUUGGAGUUCUCGCUCCUCCAGAGCCAAGCCGGCAAGCACCUCUCCGUGGAGUGGGAGGACUUUCUAUGGUGCCGCUGCAUGGUAUCAAGCCGGGCCUACAGCCUGCCUGUGGAUGGCAGCUCGCACCAGCGCUGCCUGGUGCCCUGGGCCGACCUCCUAAAUCAUGGACAAGGAGAUCAUCUAUUGGCCCGCUACGGCUUCCAAUCUGCGCGCGAUGAAGACGAAGGCUGCCCGGGGCACUUCCUCAUGCGCAUCACGCGGCCCGUGGCAGAGGGCCAGGAAGUCUUCCAGACAUAUGGCGACAAGACCAACCCGACUUUGUUUGUGGAUUAUGGCUUUUGCUUGCAGCAGGGGCGGUCCAUCACCUCGGUCAACGUCAUCCCACCGACCUGCGAUGAGCAUAGCACAGCUGUCGAGAGGGAGGCGCACGCCAAGUUCUGGCAGCUGGCGGGCGGCCGGCCCGGACGCCGGACCCUAACUGUGGAGGUAGACGAGUCCGGCUGGCGCCGCCUUCUCCCUCUGCUCCGUGCCGCAAAUGCUGGCGAAGGUGCUGCCUGUGAAGGGCCCUGCGAUGUCCGACUGGAGACGCUGGCUUGGGCGGCGUUCCGCAAGCUGUGUCAGGAAGGGGUCAUGAGGCUGACAUCUGGCGAGGAUGUGCUCCGCAGCCAGCAGCCCUCUGCCUGGGAGAUUCUGGCCGCAGAGACCUGCGCCCAAGCACUGCAGGAAGAGAUUGCCCUGCUGCGCUUCUUCAUGUCCUUGGGUGACCGGGCGUUGUGUUGCUUGGAGGGCUCGACGGCACCCAGCUCACCCGAGGAAUCGAGGCUUUCGCAGGAGGCAUCCUUCUCCGAGUAUUUGACACAGCUCGAGCAGCUUCGCAGUACAACGACCUGA